UAUUCAGUAUUGCGGUAAUCGAGGAAUUGAGCAAACGCGUUUCCAAAAAACACACGCAUUACCAAGGGGCUUCAAGUAUGUGGCCCAGUGCGGCGGUAUAAGUUUUGAGCUUCACAAGUAUCAUCCAUUUCGAUACACAGGACCAAUAACAGCAGCAGUAGCAGCAGCGGUACAAAGAAGAAAAGUGUGUGUGUGCAAGGAUACAGAUGCGUAGGAAAUAAAAAAUUCAAAGCUAUGAUGUUAAGGAAAAAAUAAAUAAAAAUCCAAAUUUAUUGAAUGUUAUUGUGAAUGUGUGCCAGUGAAAUAAAAUAAAAAGAAAAUACGCCAAUAUAAAAUCGAAGCAAGUAAAUUGGAAACGUCCAAAUAAAAGAAAGAAGUGUUGAGUAAAAGAAUGCCAUAAAAAUAAAAAAGCAAGUAAAACCCUGCAAAAAGUAUGAAUAAUUCUGGCAAGAAAUAAAAUGUGAAUUUUUUACCAAAAAAAUCUUCAAUAAGAUAAGUGAAAAGUGCUGGAAAAAAGUGAUAAAAGUCAAGAAACCUAAAUUUAAAAAAAUCAUUUUGAAAAAAAGCAACAACAAAUUCCUUUAUCCCAUUACUACAUACAUGAGAAGUUUCCCAAAUGAUUUCAAUGAAUGUGCUGCGGUGGCCGUUAAACAAAAACAUCGUUGACUGAUUGGUAUGCUGCUCCAGCACUUGGAAAAUAAAUAUAAAUCAACAUUGACGUCCAUUAAUCAACAAAGCCAAAUACAUCAGGGCAGGACGGGAGGAAACGGAACUAAACUGAAAGCAACUGGAAAAGUGUUAACACCUACAAUAACAGCUGCAACUAAAACUAUACCCAUCAGCGCUCAGUCAUCAGGCAUUCACCACAUCCAUAGCAAAGACCACUAACACGUCACCCAGCCAGUCAGGCAGUCUGUUUGUGGUGGUGCCAGCUAAUACUCACACUACUGGAUCCUGGGUGUUAUAGGAUUUUCGGAAGCGAUUAACAACAUCCUUUAUGGUUCAUUAGUUUUCGAAAAAUAUUUGCCCGGUUACCAGCAUAACAAAGAUUCUCAACAGACGGCUGUUAGCUGCCCUGUAUCCCACCAGUUUCCACUUCACCUAUAUUCACAACGACCAAGGGAGUUUUGCCAGGCACAUCGGAGACAGGCGGCUAGCCAGCCAGCCACCGCGCCAACCAGUGUAGCAGUUCCCAGUGAUAGUCAAGGUGUUGUGUUUGUUGGCAAACGAGUUGCUGACGCUGUCAUUAUGGAGGGGCCAGAGGUGACAUUUCUAUUCCAAUUUGGUAGUGUACGCGAUGCUGUCUCGGUAGCUGCCAAUGUUUUAACAUUGAAAACGCUCAAGGAUUUGGCAUGUGAAUUCAUUAACACCAAGAUACCAGAUAGUGGCCUAACAUACCUCUCGGAACGUAUUCUGCUCUUCCGUCAUGACUACAACAGUCCUAAUGUGCUGCACAUCAUCAAUUCUGCGGCGGAUAUUGUCGAUGAGACUCUGGUGGAAAUUGUGCUCACAGCAAGUCCCAUUUUAUACCCCACAUCUGAUAUGCCAACCUUAAAACCACACAAUCUAAAUGUCCAUUCGUAUAAGGCGCCAACAUUCUGUGAUUUCUGUGGGGAAAUGUUAUUUGGUCUGGUGCGUCAAGGUCUCAAAUGCGAUGGUUGUGGCCAGAAUUAUCAUAAGCGUUGUGUCGUGAAAAUCCCCAACAACUGUAAUCGCUCGAAUAAUUUGCACAGCAGCAGCAACAACGGCAACUCGAAACGUUCCUCGCUCCUGCAACCACCCAGAAGUCCAUCGGGAGGCUCCACACAAUCACUUAUCUCCAAUGAUGACCACCAUGCCACCGCCAACCAUGAAUCGGGGAGUUCUCUGAGUGUGCCAACCUUUCACCGAAGCCAUCGAUCUUCGUCUGCAGGAAGUCGAAAUGGACAAGCCACAUUACCGCCUUCCGGUUAUCACCCAAAUAGUGCGGGUAUAUGUGCCACCAGUUCCGCCUAUCAAAACAUACGAAUUCCACACACAUUUAUGGUUCAUACCUACGGUAUUCCCACAGUCUGCCAGUACUGCAAAAAGCUCCUUAAGGGACUCUUCAAACAGGGUCUACAAUGCCGCGAUUGCCAAUACAACACACAUAAGAAAUGCAUGGAUAAAGUGCCGCAGGAUUGUGCCGGGGAAAGACAAUUGCAUCCAAACGACUUCGGUGAUGCUUUCACGCCUCCACAUGCCACACACAAGGAAAGGGAUAAUUUCUUCAGAGAAGAAUUCGAUGAUAGUGAUUUCGAUGAUAAUACAUCGAGUGAUUAUAUUCGAGCAACGAGCAACAAAAUGGCCAGCAAACAAGGACGCUUGGGCACCAUGGGUGCCAAGACCACAACAAAUGCUCAAAAUUCUCCGCCCGAAUUAGUCAACGGUUUAAAAAGCAACGAUGGUGAGCGCUCCUCAUACCACAAUGAUUCUCGAAGUGCCGGUGAAGGACAAUCUAUAGAUGGACAAUCGGAACAAUCGAGUUCCUCGUCAUCGCCAAGUGCCAAUAUACCCCUUAUGCGCAUCGUACAAUCAGUGAAACACACCAAGAAACGCGGUGGCCAAGCGCUCAAGGAAGGCUGGCUAGUGCACUACACUAGCCUGGAUAAUACAGUGAAACGUUAUUUCUGGCGACUGGACUCGAAAACGAUUACCUUGUUCAUCUCAGAGCAAGGUAGCAAAUACCAUAAGGAAAUCCCCCUGGCCGAGAUACAAGCCAUUGAGACCAACAAUGAGGUGCGAGUCGAUAACAACUAUUGCUUCGAGGUGAAGACUUCCAAUGUCAGCUACUAUGUGGGCCAAGAUCCCUUAGCCGGUGUAAGAGAAGAACAAGCUGUACGUCUGCCAACGCCCGAAAGUGGUAUUGGCACCGAUAUAGCCAAGAGUUGGGAGACAUCCAUUAAGCAGGCCUAUAUGCAUGUCACCAAUACCCAAUGUUGUGAAUCUGAAGAAAAUGUACAGGACAUGGGUCAAUUAUAUCAAAUAUUCCCCGAUGAAGUAUUGGGCUCUGGCCAAUUUGGUGUUGUCUAUGGUGGCAUUCAUAAGAAGACCAAGAGAGAGGUGGCCAUUAAGGUUAUCGACAAACUGAGAUUCCCAACCAAGCAAGAAGCUCAGCUAAAGAACGAAGUUGCCAUAUUACAGAACAUUAGCCACUGUGGUGUUGUGAAUCUCGAACGUAUGUUCGAAACUCCUGAACGCAUAUUUGUGGUAAUGGAAAAGCUCAAAGGUGAUAUGUUGGAAAUGAUCCUCUCGCAUGAACGCGGACGUCUCAGCGAAAGAGUUACAAAAUUCCUGAUCACACAAAUUUUAAUAGCCCUCAAACAUCUGCACAGUCAAAAUAUCGUCCAUUGUGAUUUAAAACCUGAAAAUGUUUUACUCUCAUCAGAUGCUGAAUUUCCUCAGGUGAAAUUAUGUGAUUUUGGCUAUGCCCGUAUCAUAGGUGAAAAAUCAUUCCGUCGAUCGGUGGUGGGAACACCGGCGUAUUUAGCUCCUGAAGUCUUAAGGAAUAAGGGUUACAAUCGCUCACUGGAUAUGUGGAGUGUAGGUGUGAUUAUAUAUGUAAGUCUCAGCGGUACAUUCCCAUUCAAUGAAGAGGAAGACAUAAAUGAUCAAAUUCAAAAUGCUGCUUUCAUGUAUCCUCCAAAUCCCUGGAAGGAAAUUUCAUCAAAUGCCAUUGAUUUGAUCAACAACCUCCUGCAAGUGAAGCAACGAAAACGUUAUACCGUCGAUAAAAGCCUCCAACACUAUUGGCUGCAGGAUAAGCAAACCUAUCGAGAUCUACGCAACCUAGAGGGACAAGUAGGCACGCGUUAUCUGACCCACGAAGCAGACGAUAUGCGAUGGGCUAGCACUGGUGAUAUGUGACCUGUUAAUGGUCUUAGUACUUGUCCCUCCCUCCAGUUAAGCGAUAAAAUUCCAGAAUCACCACCAUCUCCAAAACAGCGGCCAAAGGAACGCAUACAAGAAGAGCCACGUCGAAAAUCAGCAGGACCUCAAAUAGAUCUGGACAGUUGUAGCUGUCGCAGUAGUUUGCCAGGCAAGCCAAAAGUGGAGGCCAUUGGCGAUAAGGCUCUGAAUUGGAUGCGUUCGCAUUUAUGUCGCCAUGUAAAAUGAGCUGGGAGGGGUCAAGUUAAUCUAAUUCGCGAAACCUUGACCCAAUCUUUGGUCUUUUUGGAAAAACACACAUACACACACAAACAAAAACAACGAUCAAAAUACGAGUACUAAAAACAAAAACGGGCAGUCAAAUAUCCUCUUUCGAUUUUAUUGUAUUUCUUGUUACUCCUGUAUUUUGUAUUGCCUCCUUAACGUUGUUCCCGUCUAAACAAUUAAAAAUUAAACCGUACCUUAAAUUUAUACAUCCGCUUUUCUUUACUACAAUUUAUGUAUAUAUGUAUACGAAUGAUAAACUUAUAGGAGUAUGUGUAUUGGUUGCAAAUGUUCCCACACACACACACAUACCCAUACAAUAUAUUAUAUGUAAAUGAGAUAUUUUUGCCUAUUUUACAAAUUGAUAACUGAUGAUGAUGAUGAGAAAAAUCAAGAUUAUGAAUAUCUGAAUGUUGUACCACUUUUUAUCGAUAGUUCUGAAUGCUUUACAAAUCAAAAUGAAUAUUGUGCUACAAACA